UCAGCUCAGUAGAAUCGCACCGUAAACAAUGUGAUUGAUCGAUGCUUCAUCCACAUGACAUAAAAAUCAGCCUAUACUAGGGUCGUUCCAAGUUCUAACCCUUAAGAAUUCAUAUUUUAACUGUGGGUCAGCAAGAUUAACAAACAACAGCUAAAGAAGCAAAUUCACUCAUGAUCCAGAGAAAAAUUGAGCAACAACAUUACAUAUAUGAGUGGAAACAACUGAGUUAAAGUUCAGUAAAAUUACUAGUCUGUCAAAAAAAAGAAACCCCCCCAAUAAAUAAAAUCUGGAAGUAAAAAUAAGUAACUAAAACUAACCAAAUAAAAUAGGGAAAGAACUCCAAAAGCUCACCCAGGAGAUAUGAUUCUGGAUGGAUGUAGCAGCAAGCAUAUUACUAAACAACACUUUUAAAAAUUACAAUUUUUACUGCUCCUGCUGCUCUUCUUGUAAUUUGACAUCUUUUAAAAAUCGAUUUUUGAAGAUCAACAAAAAUAAGGGGGAGCAAAAAAAGAAUAGGGCAUGAUCAAAAUGGGGGUAGAGAUGAGCACUUCCAUUAAUCGCCCAUUUCUUCCCUCCAUUCCCUACUGGUUGCAGACUGGGGAGGAGAUGAAUUUUCCUUUGCUGGCGUGUCAAGCAGUGAUCAUGUUGUCUCGCUCACCGGCCACGUCAGCGAGUCUCUUCCACGUCAUCUCCCGCUGCUCUUCCACUUCCUUCGCCCUCGACUCCUUCUCCUCGUACUGCCUCUGGCAUUCCUCGAACAACUCGGUGUCCAUCUCCAGGAACAUCUUCCGGACGUUGACUGUCAACCCGUGGACAGCCUGAUUCCAAUGUGUCUGGAUGUUCUUCUCCAAGGCAUCGAAGAGGAUUGGUAGUACCACUCCGCGAUUCUGUGCGAUUAGCCCCACGACGUGCUCGUUGUUCCACAAGAACAGCGCUCUUUCUGCAACCUGCAGAAAGAAAAUUUUGAGCUAGGUAAAACAUUUUAUUCGACAUGUAUAAGGCUAAUCAUCCAUCACAAAUAGCCUACAGGUGAAGAGAGCUCAGUAAUAGGCAAGAGAAUCCCAGAUAUGAACUAGAAUCACAGUGUACUCCGUCCGAGCAUAUGAGUUACAGCCAAGAACUAGUUCAUCAGCUUGGCAAACACACUUAUUCCAUUCUAGUAAAAUAUAAAAAUAUGU